UGGUAACCGCGUUGGACGCGGGCGGUGGGCAGCGCAUCGCUGGGUGGCGGCGAGGCCGAGGCUGCGCCAUGCUGCGUCUCGCGGCCAAGCUGGUGGCCUUCUUCUGGCGGAGAGCAGACGGCUGCGAGGGAGAGGCCGGGCCACCGGAGGCCGAGCUCGCGGAAGAGGACACCAAGUUGAAAACUGUCCAGGGUGUGGUGACAAGGUACUGCAGCGAUUAUGGCAUGAUUGAUGACUUGAUCUACUUCUCUAAUGAAGCUGUGACUGGCAGAGUGCUCCUGAAUGUCGGACAGGAAGUUACUGCAGUUGUGCAAGAAGACAAAGUGUCAAAUGGACUGAAGGCCAUCAGGGUGGAAGCUCUCUCUCCCAAAUGGGAAGAUGACGGCAAAAACCAUGGCAGAGGACUGUCAGAAUGCAGCCCCCGGGUGCUGAUUGGCUUUGUGACUUCUGUGACAAAAGGUGCUGGCUACAUCAGUCAGACUACAUACUUCUCCCUGGACAAUGUCUGUGAAGGUUUCAAGCCCUGCAAGGGAGACUGGGUGGAGGCUGAGUACUGGAUCCGGCCAGGCACGUGGCGCAGUGAGGCCAUCUCAGUGAAGCCGCUGAGGUAUAAACGUGUGGACAGGGUCUGCAUUUCUAGCCUCUGUGGAAGAAAUGGGGUGAUAGACGACAGUAUCUUUUUCACCCUGGACUCACUGAAACUUCCUGAGGGAUACGUGCCUCGAAGACAUGACAUGGUCAGCGCUGUGGUGGUGGAGAGCAGCCAGUCAUGCUACAUGUGGCGAGCCCUCUGUAUGACCCCGGUGACAAGGCGAGACGCCCCUGCCGUGGAGAGGGCUGCACCUGUGUCCUGUGGAGCCCUUUUGUUGAAAAACAAAGGUGAUGUUGAAGUCACCAGGAUGACAGAUUUUGGAACACUGGCAGAAGGAGGAAGUAAAAACAUGGUGAUCUGCAUAGAGAAUAAAGGAGACAUUCCUCAAAACUUAGUCAGCUGCAGACUGGCUGGCUGGGAUAAAGCUAAACAAUUCAGAUUUCAAACACUGGAUGAAGCCCAGGCACACCCAGGAGUGUUUCUCGUUUCUGAUCCCAAGAAGGAGAAUUUUUCAGAUGAAAAUAUCAACUCAUUAGACAGCUACCAAAAAAGCAAAACCUGUCAGACGUUGGAGAGCAGUUUGGUGGACAACAAAGAAGUCCCUCCAGAUGGCUGUACCUGCACAGGAGAAAGUGGGGAAGAAAGAAAGAGUGCGUCAAAGACGCAGGUGGCUGCAGAGCCCACCGCCGGGGGACUCAUCCCUCCAGGUGGAAGAACCCUGAUUGUGAUCGUCUGUGAAGCGAAGAAUUCUGGCCGCUGCAAGGAGCUCCUCCUGCUUUGCUUCUCCAGUUUCAUCAUUGGGCGGUUCCUGGAAGUGAAUGUUGUGAGUGAGGAGGAGUCGCUGAUAGUGGUCCGAGAACCCUUUACAUGGAAAAAGCCUAGAAGCCCGGAAGCGUCAGCUUCCAUGAAAACUACAGUCGUGACCACACAGAAAAGGAACCCAAGACGGCAGCUUCCAAGUUUUCUUCCACAGUAUCCAAUACCAGAUAGACUUAAAAAAUGUGUGAAACAAAAAAUUGACAUACUGACUUUUCAGCCGUUACUUGCAGAGCUUUUGAACAUGUCUAAUUACAAGGAGAAGUUUUCAACUUUGCUCUGGCUGGAGGAGAUUCAUGCAGAAAUAGAACUGAAGGAGUAUAAUAUGAGUGGGGUCACCUUGAAAAGAAGUGGGGAUUUACUCGUCCUGGAGGUCCCAGGACUGGCUGAGAGCCGGCCCUCUCUGUACACAGGUGACAAACUGAUUUUGAAAACUCAGGAGUACAAUGGACAUGUCAUUGAAUACAUCAGCCAUGUGACUGAGAUUCAUGAAGAAGAUGUGACCCUUAAACUUAAUCCAGAAUUUGAACAAACUUAUAACUUUGAGCCUAUGGAUGUGGAGUUCACGUACAACAGGACCACAAGCAGACGAUGUCAUUUUGCGCUUGAGCAAGUCACCCACCUAGGAGUCAAAGUGUUGUUUCCAGAAGAAGUCAUUUUACAGUCUCCCCAAGUGACAGGGAACUGGAACCACGCACAAGACACCAGAAACGAUGGGCAGUCUACCACCAAGAACCAGAAAGCUGUUAAAGGCCCUAAGCAGGCGACACGGGAGAGGCAAGCUGGAGCCCAGGACGCCCUGGGGCUGGCGGCCUUUGCAGCAAAGACAAGAAGUCCGGUAAAUGGGAUGCAGGUCCCAAAAGCAAACAAGGAGGGCUUCUUCAAUCCAGUGCUCAACGAAAACCAGAAGCUAGCCGUUAGGAGGAUCCUCAGUGGUGACUGCCGCCCACUCCCAUAUGUUCUUUUCGGACCUCCCGGGACUGGGAAGACGGUGACAAUAAUAGAGGCCGUUUUACAGGUGUACCAUGCUUUGCCGGACAGUCGGGUUUUGGUCUGCACACCGUCCAACAGUGCUGCUGACCUGGUAUGCCUGCGGCUGCAUGAGAGCCAGGCUCUGCGGCCUGGCGCCUUGGUCCGGGUGAACGCUACCUGCAGGUCCGAGGAGACAGUCGCUGACGCCAUCAGACCUUAUUGCAAAGAUGGGGAAGAUGUCUGGAAGGCCUCGCGCUCCAGGGUGAUCAUCUCCACAUGCAGCAGUGCAGGGCUCUUCUACCAGAUAGGGUUGAGAGUUGGACACUUCACACAUGUGUUUGUGGAUGAAGCAGGACAGGCAAGUGAGCCAGAAUGCCUUAUUCCUCUCGGGCUGAUUUCAGACGUCAGCGGCCAGAUUGUCCUCGCCGGAGAUCCCAUGCAGCUCGGACCGGUCAUCAAGUCUAGGCUGGCCGUGGCCUACGGGCUCAGCAUCUCUAUGCUGGAGAGACUGAUGUCCCGACCAGUGUACCUGAGAGAUGAGGCCGCAUUCGGGGCUUGUGGUGCCUACAACCCCUUGUUGGUCACGAAGCUCGUGAAGAAUUACAGGUCGCACGCAGCUCUGGUGGCUCUGCCAUCCAGGCUGUUCUACCACCGAGAGCUGGAAGUCUGUGCAGACCCCCAGGUGGUGACCUCCCUGUUGGGCUGGGAGAAGCUACCAAGGAAAGGCUUCCCCCUGGUCUUCCACGGCGUGAGGGGCAACGAGGCUCGUGAGGGGAGAAGCCCAUCAUGGUUCAACCCUGCCGAAGCUGUCCAGGUCAUGCGGUACUGCUGCCUCCUGGCCAGGAGUGUGUCGAGCCAGGUGUCCGCCAGUGACAUCGGUGUGAUCACGCCCUACCGGAAGCAGGUGGAAAAGAUCCGAACUCUUUUGCGGAAUGUUGAUCUGAUGGACGUGAAGGUUGGGUCGGUAGAGGAGUUUCAAGGGCAGGAAUACUUGGUGAUCAUCAUCUCCACUGUACGGUCAAACGAAGGCAGGUUUGAGGAUGACAGAUACUUCUUGGGUUUCUUGUCCAGUUCAAAAAGAUUCAAUGUUGCGGUCACCAGACCCAGAGCCUUGCUGAUCGUGCUGGGGAACCCUCACGUCCUGGCCAGAGACCCCUGUUUCAGUGCUUUGCUGGAAUACAGCAUUACAAACGGUGUCUACACGGGGUGCAACCUGCCUCCAGAGCUCCAGUCGCUGCAGAGCUGAGGCUGGACAUCAGCCCCCUACGACCUGCAGCAGAGUCCGGGACCUGAGGAACAGGACCAGAAGUCUGUGCGCCUGUGAUAGAAGAGGGCCAGGAGGCCUGGCUCCACAGCCCAGGGGUCUGCUGCUCUGUCUCUGUGCUGUGACCCCUGCACACUGCCCUGCCUCAGAGUGGCCGUGAGCAUGGGGGCUGCCUGGUCUGAUGGAGCCUGCUCCACACUGCUGUUGGCCCCACCCACCAGCCCAUCCCUGCCCCCACAGUUCCUGCAGCCUGUCACCAAAAUAAACACCAAGUGGGACAUCCAGCAUAGUUUCUGCCUAAAAAGGGUUCAGAUACUGGGGGGAUGGCCUUGCUUUCAUGUGACCUUUGAU